UUAUUCUGUGCCCUGUAGUAGUAUGCUUUAUGUUUUUUUCAAAAAUAUAUUAAAUUUAAUACAUAUAAUAUAAUAUUAAUACAAUUCUGUGGAUUGUUUUAUAGUAUGGUAACUAUUGUAUCAUAUUUUUUUUUAAUUUUGUAAUUUACUGUAAAAUUAUGAAUCCAUGUAUUGUUCCAACGAUUCCAUUAGAUGAUGACAAUGAAUGGAAAAUUCAACACAAACGUUAUGUGGCUGAAGCCAAAGCCCAAAACCCAGAUAUUAUUUUAAUUGGUGCUUCUAUUAUUCAAUUAAUUCAAUGUUAUCCCAUAUGGAAUGACAAAUUUGUACCUUUAAAUAGUUUAAAUUUUGGAAUUUGUGGUGAUCGAACUCAAGAUGUUUUAUGGAGAGUUCAAAAUGGCAUUCUUGAUCACAUAACACCUAAAGUUUGUAUUCUUAAUGUUGGAUCAAAUAACAUUGAUAAUACCCCAGUUCAAAUUUCCGAAGGUAUAUUGGCUAUUGUUAGGGAAAUUCGAUCAAAACUUCCUGAUUGUUACAUUAUAAUCAUUGGAAUAUUACCACGUGGUCCUUAUCCAAAUCCAUUGAGAAUUUUGGGAACUCAAGUAAAUGAAAUUGUCAGUGAAAAAGUGAAAGAUAUUUGUAGAGUUGAAAUAUUCAAUCCUCAUUUGUUACAACCAGAUGGAACAUUAAGUCAAGAAGAUGCAAUGGAUUAUCUUCAUCCAACUGAAAUAGGUUAUCGUAAAAUAUUCAAUCCAAUUUUUGAGCGUCUAAAAAGAAUUCUUGAAAACUAAGUAAAAUAUUUGCUUGAUAAUACUUUUGUUCAAAAUUUUAAAAAUUACUUAAAUUA